AUGGCCGACGGACACCCUGUUCGCGACAUCAAGAACCACCUUCUCUUUGAGAUUGCUACGGAAGUAGCUCAUCGAGUCGGUGGUAUCUACUCUGUGCUCAAAUCCAAGGCUCCGGUUACUACUGCUGAGUAUGGCGAUCGAUACACGCUUAUCGGUCCACUCAACCACCAAUCGGCCGCAGUCGAGGUCGAGGAGAUGGAGCCCACCAAUAAGGAGCUGGCCGCCACCAUGCAGACCAUGAAGGAUCGGGGAAUUGGCAUGUUGUACGGCCGCUGGCUGAUUGAGGGCGCUCCCCGAGUUCUCUUGAUUGAUACCAAGACAGCCUACAACUUUGUCAACGAGUGGAAGUCCGACCUUUGGUCUGUGGCCAGCAUUCCGUCCCCACCCGACGACGAUGAAACCAAUGAGGCUGUUGUGUUUGGAUACUUGGUGGCGUGGUUUCUUGGAGAGUUUGUAUGCCACGAAAAGGAAAAGGCUGUCAUCGCCCAUUUCCACGAAUGGCUGGCUGGUGUUGCUCUACCCCUUACCAAGAAGAGACGGAUUGAUGUUACGACCAUCUUCACGACCCAUGCCACUCUCUUGGGCAGAUAUCUUUGUGCCGGUUCUGUUGAUUUCUAUAACAACCUACAGUUCUUUGAUGUCGAUGCCGAGGCUGGAAAGCGUGGUAUCUACCAUCGGUAUUGCAUUGAACGUGCUGCUGCUCAUUCUUGCGACGUCUUCACAACUGUCUCUCACAUCACCGCUUUCGAGUCAGAGCAUCUCUUGAAGAGAAAGCCUGACGGUGUGCUGCCCAACGGCCUCAAUGUUACCAAGUUCUCGGCAGUUCAUGAAUUCCAAAAUCUGCACCAGCAGGCCAAGGAGAAGAUCCACGACUUCGUCAGAGGUCACUUCUACGGCCACUACGACUUUGAACCAGAGAACACGCUGUACUUUUUCACUGCUGGGCGCUAUGAAUUCCGGAAUAAGGGUGUCGACAUGUUCAUCGAGUCUCUUGCGCGACUCAACCACCGGCUCAAGGCGGCAGGCAGCAAGAUGACUGUCGUGGCCUUCAUCAUCAUGCCCGCUCAGACUACAUCGCUGACUGUGGAGGCUCUCAAGGGCCAGGCCGUCAUUAAAUCCUUGAAGGAUACUACCAAUAUCAUUGAGCAAGCCAUUGGUCGUCGUAUCUUUGAGCGGUCUCUCAAGUGGCAUGAGGGCGACCCAAUGCCAGAUGAGAAGGAACUCAUUUCCGGCCAGGACCGCGUUCUCUUGCGUCGGCGUCUCUUUGCCAUGAAGCGACAUGGCCUUCCUCCCAUUGUCACCCACAACAUGCUCAACGACAGCGAAGAUCCUGUCCUGAACCAAAUUCGUCGGGUGCAGCUAUUCAAUCACCCCUCAGACCGUGUCAAGGUUGUGUUCCAUCCAGAGUUCCUCAACUCAGCCAACCCCGUCCUGCCAUUGGAUUACGAUGACUUUGUGCGUGGCUGCCACAUGGGCGUCUUCCCUUCAUACUACGAGCCAUGGGGCUACACCCCUGCCGAGUGUACUGUCAUGGGCGUUCCAAGCAUUACUACCAAUCUGUCUGGCUUUGGAUGUUAUAUGGAGGAGCUCAUCGAAAACUCCAGCGACUACGGUAUCUACAUUGUAGACCGAAGAAUGAAGGGUGUUGAAGAUUCCGUCAACCAGCUGAGCCAGUUCAUGUUUGAAUACUGCGGCAAGAGCCGCCGUCAGCGUAUCAACCAGCGAAACCGUACUGAGCGACUCAGCGACUUGCUGGACUGGAAGCGUAUGGGCAUGGAAUAUAUCAAGGCCCGACAGCUGGCUCUUCGACGGGCAUACCCCAAUUCAUUCACCGGAGACGAAGAGGAAGAGGAGUUGGAAGACUUUAUCCGUGGACCGGAGCAGAAGAUCUCCAGGCCGUUCUCCGUCCCCGGCUCACCUCGCGAUCGCACUGGCAUGAUGACUCCUGGAGACUUUGCCAGUCUGCAAGAGGGGCGAGAGGGCUUGAGCACGGAGGACUAUGUCGCCUGGAAAUUGCCUGAGGAGGAGGACCCCGAAGAGUAUCCCUUCUCUUUGACUCUCCGAACAAAGCAACCCAGUGGCGUGGACCCAGAAACCCAGGCCACCCUGAACGGUAAUAACUGA